ACCGGCGAGGAAGGCAGUCAGGUUCCAUAAGGGAGGGGAGGGCAAACAGGGAGGCCUCGGUGCCAGGGGCCGAGCGGUCUUCCCGUCCGGCGUCCUUAGCUGCCCCCGAUCCCAGGACCCGCAGUCUCAUUUGCCACCUUCCGACGCGUGACCCGGCGCGCUCGCGUCCCGGGCCGGUGACAGGAGCGGGGUACGCCGAGAGGUCCCAUGUGCCCCCUCCCUCUGCUGGCCGCGUCCCGAACCCCACUCCGGCUCCUCGGCAGAACACUCGCCGCCAUGUCUGCCGCCAGGCCACUCAAAUCCGUGGACUACGAGGUGUUCGGGAGAGUGCAGGGUGUUUGCUUCAGAAUGUACACAGAAGAUGAGGCUAGGAAAAUUGGAGUGGUUGGCUGGGUGAAGAAUACCAGCAAAGGCACUGUGACAGGCCAAGUACAAGGCCCUGAAGAGAAAGUCAACUCCAUGAUGUCCUGGCUGAGCAAGGUUGGAAGUCCUAGUUCUCGCAUUGACCGCACAAACUUUUCUAAUGAAAAAACCAUCUCUAAACUUGACUACUCCAAUUUUAGUAUUCGAUAUUAACAGAAAAUUUUUAAUGCUUAUAUUACACAACAAACACCGUAUAAACUUUAUUCUGAAAGCUACAACAGAAUAUAUGUUACUAAAAAGCUCUGACACUGAAAUAGUUUUACUUGACUAUGUUUUUAAGAAGCAAAAACUUAGCAUUGUAAAGUAAAUGUCAUUACAAAAUAUUUAGUAUGAAUAUUUAAACUGGUCUCGUGGAAUCUUUAAUGAUUAUAACAAAUGUUAUUGGGCUAGGUAUAAAAUAAAGCUAACCAUUUAAAAAUUAAGCAUUGUCUGAAUUGAAUUCUAAAAACCUUCUGAAUAAUAGUUGAUUAAAU